AUGUCGGCCCUACAUUUCCAACCACAGCAUGAGCCCUCUCAAGUAUACUCUAUUGCGGGAAAGGCUUUGAAAUUGACUUCGGCAGAAGAUAUCGAACCGGUUAUCGAUGAACUAUCCAAGCUAUCAAAAUGCACCAAGAUUGAUCUUUCUGGUAACACUAUUGGUGUCGGAGCCUCGAAAGCACUCGCCGACUUCAUUUCGAAACAUGACUCAGUGAAAGAUUAUGUUCAAGAGAUCAACUUUGCCGAUUUGUAUACGUCGAGACUGGUUGAUGAAGUCGUGGAGUCACUGAACAGUUUAUUGCCAGCUCUUUUGAGUUGUAAUCAAUUAGAGAUUCUGAAUUUAAGUGAUAAUGCUUUUGGUUUGAGAACUAUUGAUAUCUUGGAGAAAUUUAUCUCUAACGCUGUUCAUUUGAAGCAUUUGAUUUUGAGUAACAAUGGUAUGGGUCCAUUCGCCGGUGAAAGAAUCGGUAAGGCAUUGUUCCACUUGUCACAGAACAAACUAAAAUCGAAGGAGCCAAUGUUGGAGACAUUCAUCUGCGGCAGGAAUAGAUUGGAAAAUGGAUCUGCAUUAUACCUUGCGUUAGGGCUUAAGAGUCACGGGGACGGAUUGAAAAAUGUCAGACUAUAUCAAAAUGGUAUUAGACCAAAAGGUGUCUCAACGUUGAUCCAAUACGGAUUGAGGUUCAAUAAAAAUCUUAAAGUCUUGGAUUUCCAAGAUAAUACAUUCACCAAGACUGCAUCCUCUUUCUUGGCUAAAAAUCUACCAAUUUGGAAAUUAUCUUUAAUCGAACUAAAUUUGAACGAUUGUCUUUUGAAAAAGGAUGGCUGUGAUGAGGUCUUUAAAGUAUUUCAGAAUGAUAAAUUUGUAAACCUGGAAAUUCUAAAAUUAGAAUAUAACGAAAUGGUUCAAGAGACUGUAGAAUCAUCGUUAUUGCCAGCGCUAGAAAACGGGAAUCUGCCAAAUUUGAAAAUUUUAGAAGUGAACGGUAAUAGAUUGGAGGAGGAUUCUGAGGCUUUGGACACUCUACAGGGGCUAUUUACGGAAUUAGAACUAGAUGAUUUGGAAGAGUUAGAUAGUGAAGAUGAAGAUGAAGAUGAAGAUGAAGAGGAGGAAGACGAAGCUGAGAAAUUCGAAGAAAUUGAAACCGAGGUCUUGGAAAAGAACCUUUUGGAGUUAAGUAUAAAUGAUUUGGCUGAUAAUUUAUCAAAAACUCAUAUCUAA